AUGAAUGCACUGGCUCAUAUCUGGAUUCAGAAAUUUGAUGAUUGGCAUUUUGAUAAGGUGAAUCAGAAAUCCGAAAACCUUCCUCCCAAAAUUGAAGUCAAUGACCAGCUUGGUUCCGGGCGGCUUGUGCCAAGUUUGGAAGACAGCAAUCGCUUUGAAAUCGAAUGCAACGGUGCAGGUGUUGUUGUUGUUGCUGCAGCUAGGACAGAUACCAAGCUGGAUGAACUUGGUGAGCUUUUGGUACCCACGAAAGAGUUCAGGCAGUUUGUUGCUUUCUUGCCACAAGAGGAUGAGGAAAUGGAUCUCAAAGAUAAGCCCCUUGUGUCGUUUCAGAUCUGCUCUUAUCGUCAUUUCACUAUUCAAAUAAGUCCUUCUGAUCAAUCUUUGGCUGUGAAAAAUGAACAAAAGUCCCAAAUUGAUCACAUCGAUGGGGUUGCAGUCCGGGAGUUUGAGGCAAAUUUAGCAGCUCUAAAUCGCGGUGGUAACUUAGUCAUUCGACCAAAUGCAGAUCGAACAAUGUUCAAAGCUCGAAACUCUCCAAACAUCAGUUUCCCACAUUUUGAAUACUCAAAAGCCACUGAUAGAACUGGCAUAUUCACUGUCCGUGGCCUGAGUGGCACCAACAUGAAACUAUCCACAACUCUUAACCCAACGCGACUUAUCUAUUUGUCCCAAGAUCGUAUUGCCAGCUUGAAGAAGGCAGCCCUUAAAGAUGGGAAGUUGAAGAGCUGCACUAGUUUUCAAGUUGUUGCAGCAAUGACUUGGAAGGCAAGGAGCAUUGCGGUUGAUAUGCCAGAUGAAAAAACUUCGACUAUUUUGAUUCCAGUAGAUGUUCGCAAACGAGUUGUGCCUCCAGCCCCACCUGGAUUUGCUGGAAAUGCAUUGGUUCCUGCCUUUGCACAUGCAACUGUGAAGGAGAUUAAGGAGGAAGAUGACUCUACCCUUGUAAGGAAGGUGCAAGAAGGGGUAGAGAGAUUGGAUGAUGAGUAUGUGAGGUCAGGGAUAGAUUGGUUAGAGGUGAAUAAAGGGGUACCUUGUGAAGAAGAUAGCUUCUCACUUGUGUCAUGGUGGAAAUUGGGGAUAGAGCAUGGUGAAUUCUCCUGGGGAAAAGUUAAGUGCGCCACAUCGGUUCUACUCAAGCCGAGCCUUGUCAUGCUGCUGCCAGGACCGGAAGGAAAGGGAGGCCUCAGCGUAUGCCUGGAACUACCUGAUGAUCAAAUGGAGUUGUUCUGCAGGUUGAUGCUGGGCGAAUAG